CUGUCAUCCGAACUAUUUAUAAUUGGCCGUCAUCGCCUGUCAGCUCUCGUGUCAUUUGGUGUGUGAAAUUGGCUAAAACAGGUCGUGUUCGCAAAAAUCUCGCACUUUCCCAAAAAAUUCCAUGUGUCCUUCACGAAAAAGAUUAAAAUAGUCCGAGAGAAAAGCACGAAUCGCGCUAUCUAGUGUGCGUCGCCCGCGUGCUCCGGCCCCACAAAAAGUCGUUUUUCCGGGUUAUCAGGCAUGAAAAUGAAGAUUUAUAGGGUUUUAAUAUUAAACCAGGUCAUUAGAAGCCCCUUGACUGUGUCCAGUAGUGAGAAUUCGAUCUAAGUCCCCUUCGCAAGAAAGUGAGGUUAAGUGACGUAAUCCAGGGCUAUCAGAGACCGUUUCUUCGUCGUCGAGCUACGAAAAUUUGUUAUUAUGUGUACGAGUGAUCUGAAUAGGUACAAUCGUGUGAAUUAUUUGAGCCAGUGCUUGGAUAAAGUCAGCGGAAUUGUGACGAAUAAGAUGCACAAUGUAGAGUCGAGUUUCGUCACGUGCAGCAUCGGAUACAGGGCGAGGAACGACCCUGGCGACUGACAAAAGUGCUUCGGGGGCUGCCAGGAUGGCUAUUUGACACUGACUUGAUGCUUCGUACCAGAUUGAUUCAAUGUUCGAUGUGCAGAUUCUUGAUAAUUGUCCUUACCGUGAAGAUUAGAAGUUGGUAGUACGGACCGUACCGAAGAAGAAAGAACCGAAUGAACUUUAAAGAGUGAUGAAAUACGGCAUAAGUUAGCAGUAAAUCAGUGUGAACAAGUACUUAGUUUUUUCAAUUGACUUAAACUGUGCUUUAUUACUUAAACCAGUGAUUUAAUUGUGCAAUAAUGGCGUUCAUCAAGAAAGACUACUCGAGAUUCUCCUGGAGGCGGAAGAAGAAAGACAAGAACAUACAGGAGCAGCACGCGGAGCUCCUCAAAGGUACCAUGCAGACGCCUGGCUACUUGAUGUACAUAAACAAGGGACAGGAUGACGAGAUGGAGAUAUGUUGCUUCCGGACCAGCCGGCUGAAGAUCGUUUUCACGUACUUAGUUACGGUACUUACAGGUGGCGCUCUGAGACUUAUUUUUCAUUGGAUACCUCAUUGGUACGUUUUCGCCACGUGCAACGCCUGCGGCGUCGGCGACGCCGAGAAGGUUCUAGUCAAGGAGAUAUUUGGGGGGAAGCACACGAUUUACCACGUCAAGGACUUGAAGGUGUUGACGCCCGAGAGCGUGCAGAAGCUGAAGGACGAUGAUGGGAGUUUCGGUGGUGGCGGAGGCGGCGAGAGCGAGGUGGCGGCGUUGUCGGUGCAUUUCGAGAACGGGGAGUGGAGGGAGUUGGACAAAUUAUUCAUGUUCAACUGCAAAAAAGUAACCUACAUCUGGGACUGCCGCAAGCACGAAUUCGUCAAACUCCACGGCUUGGACCAAUCCGUCUCCAGCGACACCCUCCACAAAAACCAAGGCCUCACAGCCAGCGAACAAUUCACCCGACGCCUGGUCUACGGCCCGAACAAAAUCAUCGUCAAAGAACUCUCCAUCCUCACCCUCCUCUUCCUCGAAGUCCUCAACCCCUUCUACAUCUUCCAAAUCGGCAGCUUCAUCCUGUGGUUCCUCGACGACUACUACUACUACGCGGCCGCCAUCAUCACCAUGUCGGUCUUCGGCAUAAGCAUGACGGUGCGCCAGACGCGCAAAAACCAGCGCAAACUAAAAUCGACCGUGCACAGCUCGGACAUCUGCACAGUCUUGCGCCGGACGAGCAAGAGCGACGGCAGCGGCGACGUCAAGUACACGACGGAGCCGAUGUCCACCGAGCUCUUGGUCCCGGGCGACGUGCUGGUGAUCCCGUCGCACGGCUGCGUCAUGCACUGCGACGCAAUUCUGCUCACGGGGAACUGCAUCUUGAACGAGUCCAUGCUGACGGGGGAGUCGGUGCCGGUGACCAAGACCGCGCUCCCGAAUCUAGCGGAGAUCGUCUACGACGCCAAGGAGCACGCAAGACAUACGUUGUUUUGUGGCACCCAGGUGAUACAGACGAGGUACUUCGGGAACGAGAAGGUGUUGGCGGUGGUAGUAAGGACCGGGUUUUCAACGGCCAAGGGUAGUUUGGUCCGAAGCAUUCUCUACCCGCCCCCUGUGGACUUCCGCUUCGAGAAGGACUCCUACAGAUUCGUUAUGCUUUUAGCUGCAGUCGCUCUAGUCGGUUUUAUUUACACCGUCAUCACCAAAGUGAUGCGCGGCGUUUCGUCCCGCGACUUGGUGAUCGAAGCCUUCGACUUGAUCACGAUCGUGGUACCCCCAGCCCUCCCCGCCGCCAUGACCGUCGGCCGCUUCUACGCCCAAAUCCGGCUCAAGAAGAACAAAAUUUUUUGUAUUUCCCCGCGCUCGAUUAACGUUUCGGGUUCCAUCGACUGCGUCUGCUUCGACAAGACGGGCACCCUGACCGAGGACGGGCUCGACUUGCUUUGUGUCGUUCCGAUCAAAGAAAAAAAUUUUCACAUGCCGGUGAAGAAAGUGAGCGCUUUACCGUCAGACGUGUUUUUCUGCGGUUUGGUGUCGUGCCACUCGUUGACCAUCAUCGACAAGCAAAUUGUGGGGGACCCGUUAGAUUUGAAGAUGUUUGAGAGCACCAAGUGGGUCAUGGAAGAGCACGAUGUUGCAGAUAACAGUAAAUUCAAUAUGAUUUUUCCGACUGUGUUGAAACCCCCGAGGAACGACGAUGACCUACAGAUCGGGAUAAUUCGGGAGUUUCCGUUCUCGAGUAGUUCGCAACGCAUGGGGGUGAUUGUGAGGAAACUAACUGCGCAACAUUUCGAGUACUAUGCUAAAGGUUCGCCGGAAAUGAUACUCAACUUUGUUCGCGAUGAGAGCGUACCGAGUGACUUUCACGAUGUUCUGGAAAGUUACACUCAAGAGGGAUACAGGGUGAUCGCGUUAGCGCACAAGGAACUUAAGCUAUCUUACGCCAAAGUCAAUAAAGUCCAACGGGACGCGAUUGAAAAAGAUAUGACUUUGUUGGGUUUGAUAGUCUUGGAGAAUCGCUUGAAACCGGAAACCACGCCGUGUAUUCAAGCUUUAAACGACGCCAGUAUUCGGGUCGUCAUGGUGACGGGUGACAAUAUCCUGACUGCGUUGAGUGUGGCUAAAGAUUGCGAUAUUGUGACGCCGCGUCAGAGCGUCAUCACUGUAAACAUCGACAAUAGCACGCCCCCGAAGCUCUACUACACGCUCACCAACACGAAAAAUAAAAACUCGAAUGAGUAUAGUGUGAUGACGGAUAGCGCAAGCAUUGUCAGUUUGGACACAAUCGAGAGUCAAAUUCAGAGUAUCACUACCAACAGCACGGUGAAAGUAGAAACGAAAAAACCCCAAAGUUUGUAUAAUAAUUACCGGUUUGCGAUGACGGGGAAGGUGUGGGGGGUGGUUAAGGAGCACUAUCCUGAUUUGCUGCCGAAAUUGGUGACCAGGGGCACGGUGUUUGCUCGAAUGUCACCAGAACAGAAGCAACAACUGGUGCAAGAGUUGCAAACGCUUGGCUACUGCGUGGCUAUGUGCGGAGAUGGGGCAAACGAUUGUGGUGCUCUGAAGGCGGCCCACACUGGAAUCUCGCUUUCCGAAGCCGAGUCGUCCGUGGCCAGCCCCUUCACGAGCCGCAACGCCAACAUCUCUUGCGUUUUGAACGUGAUCAAAGAAGGCCGCGCCGCCCUUGUCACCAGUUUUGGUAUUUUCAAGUACAUGGCGGCGUACAGUCUGUGUCAGUUCGUGUCGGUGCUGAUUUUGUACAGUAUCGACUCGAACCUCACCGACUUGGAGUUUCUAUACAUCGAUUUGUGCAUUAUUUCGAUUUUCGCGUUUUUCUUCGGGAAGACGGAAGCCUACUCGGGGAAGCUCGUCAAAGAGACACCCUUGAGUAGCUUGAUUAGCGUCAGCCCGAUUCUGUCGUUGUUGUUGCAAAUGUUGCUUGUGAUCGCAAUCCAAGUGGGGGCUUUCGAGCACCUGAAGAUGCAAACUUGGUACACGCAGUUCGACGCCAGUCAAGUGAGCGACAAAGACGAGGUGGCGUGCGUGGAGAAUUUCGUCAUUUUUACAGUGUCGAGCUUCCAAUAUAUUAUUUUAGCUGUGGUUUUCUCUAAGGGGAAACCCUACAGACGGAGUAUUUUUUCCAAUUAUGGAUUCGUGUUGAGCGCCAUUUUGAUGGUGGGGUUUUCGGUGUACUUGGCGCUGUGGCCGGCUGCCUUCUUCGUCGAGCAGUUCGAGCUGGUGCAGCCGCCGAGUUUCGACUUUUGUUUGUACUUGUUGGUCUACGCUGUCGUGAAUUUCGUCCUGAGUAUCUUUAUCGAGCAAGCGGUUAUUGAUUACUUGGUGUUCAAGAAGUUGAGGUUCAAGUUUCACAAUGUGGAUAAGUCUAAAAGGAGGUAUCUUGCGAUUGAGCGCGAUAUCGAUUUGGACACGAAGUGGCCGGUUUUGACGUCUGAUUUCAAGUCGGCGGCUAGUCCUUUGAAUCCGUUGCCGACGUGCACGGCCGAGAUCGUUGUGGAGAAGGAAAAGUUCGACAAGAAUCACGUUUUGAAUAAGUUGUAUGAGGGGGAAGUGCGGCGGUUCAUCCCCAACGGUCAAUUACUACAGGAUGAUCUUCCUUUUUCGAGUUUGCCUUCCGAGUCUAGUCCUAGUUUAAGCGAGACUUAUAAGAGUUUUCCUAGUAAUACUAGCUACGAUUUGGCGAAUUCGCAGACUAACAUAGCGGAGCUUCCGUUCGACUCUGUAGCCGUUAGUGUCCCGGAGCGCGACAAUUUAGCCAGUUUUAACUCGCUGGGUCGGAGUCCAAAGAACGUAGCACCAACGAAGGAGCUAGAAAUGAGCUACUUAGAAAAUAGGUGACUUAGCUUUAAGAUUUUGAACUAGCGAAAAAAGUAUUAAAUGUACCAAUGUAUCUC